AUGAAACGUAAGAAAAGAGAGUCGUCUGGAGCUAUAAAGCUUGAGGAGUUUCUAACUCAACAAAUUGCUUUUCAAAAACGUGUUUUAGAAAUAUUAGAGUCGGAUUUCUCUUCUAUCAGCCAAAGCCAUGAUUUUGGUAUAAAUGCAGCUGUAAAUCUGAUUAACCGAAUGGUCAAUGAUGAAAUAAUGACACAAGGAAGCGAGUUGUGGUGCUUUGCAAUGUGUUUAUUUGAAGAUGCAGUGAAGAGGGAAUUAUUUAUAAGUCUUCCGGAUGAUGAUGGCAGAUUGGCAUGGCUGAAGUAUAAGAAAGACGUUGGCAAAUAA